AGCAGCGCGAAGCUGGUAGCGCCAUUGGGAUGCUUGGUCUCUAGGCAAAAGCACACGCUUCCUGACCUGCCCUAUGACUAUGGGGCACUCGAACCUCACAUUAAUGCGGAAAUCAUGCAGUUGCACCACAGCAAGCACCAYGCUACCUACGUCAAUAACCUGAAUGUUGCAGAGGAGAAAUACAAAGAGGCGCUCGCAAAAGGUGAUGUUACAGCUCAAGUGUCUCUUCAGCCUGCACUUAAGUUCAAUGGUGGGGGCCAUAUCAAUCACACCAUCUUCUGGACAAACCUUUCUCCUAAUGGAGGAGGAGAGCCUAAAGGCGAAUUGAUGGAAGCCAUCAAACGGGACUUCGGUUCCUUUGCGAACUUCAAGGAGAAGCUGACAGCUGUAUCAGUUGGUGUCCAGGGAUCAGGUUGGGGAUGGCUUGGCUAUAACAAGGAGCAGGGGCGCCUACAAAUUGCAGCCUGUGCAAAUCAAGACCCUCUGCAAGGAACAACAGGUCUUAUUCCUUUGCUAGGAAUUGAUGUAUGGGAACAUGCUUAUUAUCUUCAGUACAAAAAUGUUCGACCUGAUUACCUGAAAGCCAUCUGGAAUGUGAUCAACUGGGAGAAUAUAUCUUCAAGAUACGCGUCCUGCAAAAAGUAGAGUGGGAUUCUUGUGCAGACUACUGAAAUGGCCUCACUUCUGCUUUAACACCACUCUUGUAGUAGUGUUUGUGGCUUACAAAUGAAUUGCUCCACUGCAGAAAAUACUUAGCUCAUCCAGCAAAAGCAUUUCAUAAUCAAGCRAAGUGUGUGCCUGUCUGUUUGAGAGGGAUAUUGACUUAGAUUUUUGAAGCUUUAAACUUGUGCGACAGAGAUACUUCAGGUAAUCUUUUCCACUGCCUAUAGAAACAUAACUGACCUUUCUCAAGGUUAAUGAGGUAAUGG